AUGAGGAACAGCUCCUUUACUUUCAAUUUGUCUGUUUUUCAGCCCAAGCCUUGUCAGUAUUGUAAUAUCAUUGCAGCGUUUAUUGGCACAAAAUGUCAGCGUUGCACCAACUCAGAGAAGAAGUAUGGCCCACCUCAAACAUGUGAGCAGUGCAAACAGCAGUGCGCUUUUGAUCGAAAAGAAGAGGGAAGAAGGAAGGUUGACGGAAAGCUGUUGUGUUGGCUCUGCACCCUGUCCUACAAGCGAGUGCUACAGAAGACAAAAGAACAGAGGAAGAGUUUAGGAUCUUCGCAUUCUAACUCCUCAUCUUCGUCUCUUACUGAGAAAGACCAGCACCAUUCAAAGCACCACCACCAUCACCACCACCACCACCGUCACAGCAGUAGUCAUCACAAAAUCAGCAGUCUGAGUCCAGAACAAGAUCAGGGACUAUGGAAACAGAGCCAUAAAUCCUCUGCAGCUAUUCAGAAUGAAACUCCAAAGAAAAAACCCAAACUGGAAUCCAAGCCAUCAAAUGGAGAUAGUAGCUCUAUAAAUCAGUCAGCAGACAGUGGGGGAACUGACAACUUUGUCCUCAUAAGCCAGCUGAAAGAAGAAGUAAUGUCACUGAAACGCCUUCUGCAGCAAAGAGAUCAGACUAUUCUAGAGAAAGAUAAAAAGUUGACAGAACUGAAAGCAGACUUCCAGUAUCAGGAGUCGAACUUGAGGGCAAAGAUGAACAGCAUGGAGAAAGCUCACAAGGAAACUGUGGAACAGUUGCAGGCCAAAAACAGAGAACUGCUCAAGCAGGUCGCAGCAUUGUCAAAGGGGAAAAAAUUUGAUAAAAGCGGGAGUAUAUUGACGUCUCCUUGAGGAGGUGGUUAUUCAUGGAUCUGCUACUCAGUGGAAAUUUGAGUAAUUCUGCGAAGCCCUUAAAAUCCUGCGUAGUGGAAGAGAUAUUUUUGCACACCAGAUUAGUUGGCAUGUUUCCUACACGUUUUUAUAAUUAAUGUGCAGCUUUUUUUAGUUACUGUUCAGAUGAAAUACUUCAACUGGCUUGAAGAAUGUUUUUUAUUUUUUUUUUUAUAUUGGAAACUUUUUGCCAGCAAUAGUAUUAAAAAGUCGUGCAGAGAACAUAGCAGUGUUCUCUCUAAAAGGACAACAUGCAAUAACAAACUAGGUGUACUUUUUACAAAGUUUUUAAACUAUAAUGAUGUCAGCCAAAUGUUUAUGAGUCUCCAGUUCCACUGAAGGCUGGUUUCUGGCAACCGUUCUUUUCCUUUGUAUCAGAAUAGAAAUUUAGGAUGGAAAUCAUGGUGCUCAAGCGAAGCUGAAAAAAAGGCUUGUGUGUAUUUGUAAAUAGAACUGUAACGGUUAUAUUCCUAGUUAUAACAGUUAUUAGUGUUUUACAUGCUUGUGAUAGGGAUUUACAGAAAGAUUAUCUAUUGUACAGUAACAGAGGCAGUGUGGUUUUUUGUAAGAUUUACUGUAGAUUUUUUCUUGCAAGUGCCUUUCUCCAACUGUUUAUUUAUAGGAAUGUUGGUAUUUUGUACAUAAGGUUUUUAUGUUUUAAAAUCAUGUUUAAUAAAUGUUUUAUGUAAAUAUAAAUGUGUGUACAGAGGAAUCGGAAUCAAAGAUCAAAGUGCAGUGCUUGGAGCAGCAGUAAAACUAGCUCAUUGACGGACGGUGAGUCUUGGCUUUAGAUAACCUUAGUAGCUUGUCUGUGAGGUGGUGAGUUUUGGUAGUGCUGCUCAUGCCAAACACUUCCUGAACAAAAAAAAGAAAUGCUUUUUUUGCCACACUGAAGUGUAGCAGUUCGUUUAUAUAUUUUUCCAUUUGACACAGUGCUCAUUUUAAGUCCGUAGCAGAUGUUCUACCCCCUAUUUUACAACCUUAAUUAGUGAUAUACACUCAAAUUUAAAAUAAAUACACAUAUACUCUUCACCACUGUCUGAAUUAGUUACUUCGUUGUCACUUUUGAUUACUCUUAAUGAAUUGCAAGGUUCUCAUCCCCUGGUGAAGAUGCACAGUGUGAAAAGAGUAGCUCAAACAAAUGGUCUCGAGGUUAAAAGAGUGGACCUGGUGUUGGAAGGAGGGUUUUUUCAUUCCAGAUGGCAUCAGUUCAGGUUUAGCUUUGCACCUAACGGACAUGAGGCAUAUUCAGGAAUUUCUAUUCAACAUAACCUAGCAUACCCCACUGUCUCUGGUCAGGAAGGCUAGCUACAGCUCAGCAUAAAGUGCAGUAGACUUAGGUGAGUAAAGGCUUAGAUCCACUCUGGGUACUGAUUGGUAACAGGGUAACUGCUUAUAUUCCGGUAAGCUUCACGGUGUACAAUAAGCUAUGCACCUCUAAAUAAAAGAACCAAAAUGUAAUGUUACUAGGCUGCCCACCUGUGUGCCCCACUGUGAGUACCUCAGUCCUUCAAACAAGUUCUGGCAGUGACAGACUACUGAAUAAUUUGAAAAAUCGUGCUGGCUUGUUUCAUAUGAUAUACGUGUGUUUUUAUACAUUUAUACAUUGAAAUCGAGUUUGUAUGUUUAGAAAUGCUCCUUCAUUAAAGCUGUUAAACUAAGGUAGAGAAUUCUGCUAUCCUUUGGGAUGCUAGUUGUCUUUUUUUUUUUCCUUUAUAAGAUACGAAUUUAUGAUUUUCACUAAUUCAGAGUAAUAUUUUGAUACUGUUUUGGUUUUUUUUUUCCACUUGAAUGGUUUUAUAACACAACUGGAUUAGCAGUUCUAAAAAAGUUCUAAACCAACCAGCUGAAUCGCAGUCCUGAAAAUAGUGCCCUGGAGCUGACAGAAUUAACUGACGUGCUUUGAACGUGGAUCUGCAAGGAGACUGUUGUGGCGUGUUGUGGUUGUUAGCCUGUUCCCAGAUGUUGAUAGCACUGACCAGUAAUGGCCAUUUUGGCUCAAGCUACUGAUGUCUUUCAGGCCUGCAAAUAUUGCAGCCUCCUUUUUAGAUACUGCACCUGAGGACGUGUUCUGCAGUGAAGCUAUUCAGCUGUCCACAUGUAUAGAGUAUUCAAGUACUGUACUGGCACACAUCUGACCGUUGACAUUUUGUACCUUUUCUAAAUCCAAUGUUUCACAAUAAAAUCUUGUCAAAACAUCCA